AAAUACCAAGAGAAAUAAUAAAAAUAAAUGAAAAAAAUGGAGCCACGAACGGAAAUCUCACAAACGAAGAUAAAGAAUGGACACCAUCCUCAUGGAGAACAAAAACUAUAAAGCAAGCCGUUGUUUAUGAAGAUAAAGAACAUCUACAACGAGUCUUGAGUAGAUUACAACAUUUACCUCCAAUGGUUACACCUGCAGAGAUUCAUAACCUACGAAGUCAACUUAAGCAAGUUGCACUUAAUAAAGCGUUUUUAUUACAAGGCGGAGAUUGUGCAGAACUUUUUGAAUAUUGUUCUCAAGAUUCAAUAGAGUCAAAGUUAAAAGUACUAUUACAAAUGAGUUUGGUAUUGGUUUGGGGCGCUAGAAUUCCUGUCGUUAGAAUUGCUAGAAUGGCUGGUCAAUAUGCUAAACCUCGCUCAAGUCCGACAGAAAAAGUUGAAGGUAAAGAGGUCCCUUCCUUUCGCGGUGAUAAUGUUAAUGGCUACGAUCCAUCUGAUAGAAAACCCGAUCCUGAACGUCUUUUGGGCGCGUAUUUUCAUUCUGCGGCCACAUUAAAUUAUGUAAGAUCAAUCAUUGGAUCAGGAUUUGCCGAUCUAAAUCGACCAUCGGAGUGGUCUUUACAUCAUGUUCGAUCAAAUGGAACUCGACAAGAAUAUCAAACGAUAGUUGAUCGUUUAACCGAUUCUUUAAAUUUCAUGCGAACAAUUGGAGCCAAUACAUCAUUUUCACAGAUAUCAAAUUCACUAAAUAGUGUAGAUUUGUUUAUGUCGCACGAAGGAUUAUUAUUGGAUUAUGAACAAUCUUUAACGAGGUUAUUACCUGAUCCCGAAACUGGUGAAAAGAAAUGGUACAAUGUUGGAACUCAUUUCUUAUGGAUCGGUGAUCGUACACGCCAAUUAAAUGAAGCUCAUGUGGAAUAUUUUAGAGGAAUUCAAAAUCCUAUUGGAAUUAAAGUUGGACCAUCCAUGAAACCUGAUGAAUUGCAAAAAUUGUUGGAUAUUGUUAAUCCUAAUAAAGAAAUUGGAAAAGUUACUUUAAUUACGCGUUAUGGAGCUCAUCAAGUUGAAAAAUAUUUACCGUUUCACAUUCAAGCUGUCAAGGAAUCAGGACAUAUCGUCGUUUGGGCGUGUGAUCCGAUGCAUGGAAACACAAAACAAUCGUUAUCUGGUGUAAAAACUAGACAUUUUAAUUCAAUAAUUGAGGAACUAUCAAAAGCGAUACACGUUCAUAAAGCCAAUAAUAGUCAAAUGAAUGGAGUACACUUUGAACUAACAGGUGAAGGUGUAACAGAAUGUAUUGGUGGUUCAAUGCAAUUAGCUGACGCUGAUUUAUCUUUGAAUUAUAAAACUUCUUGUGAUCCUCGUUUAAAUUAUGAACAAAGUUUAGACGUUGCUUUCUUAAUUGCUAAAUAUCAUGAAAAAGAAAGAUUUGGUUAUUUACCGAGCUUGUAA